AUGGAAGUUACAUAUCCGGAAGAGCUGCUUGCGCUAUAUGACCGUUACGCGAACAAAGAGCUUGACAGAAUUGAUAUUGACGGCUUGAUUAGGCUUAUCAGGGAUCUGGAAUACAAGCUGGAGGAUCUAGUUACCAUCUCACUGGCAAAAAUAAUGCACUGCUCUAAGCUUGCGGAGGGGAUAAGCAAAGACACUUUUCUGUCCACAUGGUACAUGCAGGGCUGCUCUACAAUCGCCCAGAUGCGACAUGUCUUGGAAGACCUUGACAUCAGGCUUCAAACGGAUCUCGACUACCUGGCAGAAAUAUACAAAUAUGCGUUUGAUCUAGCGGUUGACUCGAACACGCGCAACCUGGAUUUGGAUACUGCUAUCGAAUAUUGGCGACUGUUCUUUCAGCCGCAAUAUUCAGUACAUGUCGACGAGAAGUUAAUGAGUUCGUGGCUAAGGUUUUUGCGUGAGAGUGGCAAACAAAAUGUCACCAGGGACACAUGGCAGAUGUUGCUAGAGUUCUUCAAGCGCUUCCCCUCGCUCGAAGCCGUAAAAGAAAAUUAUAACGAGGAAGAUGCCUGGCCCUACAUUAUAGACGAAUUCUACGAGUAUCUCCAGGUCGAGUCCCUCAUUUAG